GGGACGGCCGGGGCGAGGGCCGGGCCGCGGCGCCGCGCAGCCGCUUCCGCCUCCCAGCCUCCCGGCUCCCCGGCUCCCCGGCUCCCCGGCUCCCAGGCCCCGGACGCGCAGGCGGCGAGCGGAGCGGCGCGGGCCCCGCGGGCGCCAGCUCGGCAAAGUUUGUCGCGGAGGAGAGGCCGCGGGCGCUCGGUGUGCGGGCCGGGCCGGGCCGGGCCGGGGCCCCGCGCGAGACGACGACCCCGAAGUUGGCGCGAGGCCCCGUCCGCGCCCCGCGCCGCCGCCCGCCCGCGUCCUGGCGCCCGGAGCCCGGGGCGCGGAGCCGGGGCCAUGCAGCCCCCGCGGGGCGGCGGGGGCCGGGGGAGCCCCGCGGACGCCCCGCGCCGGGCACGGCCGGAGCCCGCGCCUCGGCCCAGCCUGCGGCCCGCCGCGCUGCUCCUGCUCCUCCUGGGGGGAGCCCUGGCCCGCCCCGGACCGACCCGCCUCCCGAGCCCCACGUGUGAGGCCCCACCCGCCGUGCUCUUGGAAGUGCAGGGCACCUUACAGAGGCCUCUAGGCAGGGAGAGCUCCAGCUCCCCUGCCAACUGCACCUGGCUCACGGGCAGCAAAGAGCAGACGGUGACCAUCAGGUUCCAGAGGCUGCACCUGGCCUGCGGCUCCGAGCGCCUCACCCUGCGCUCCCCGCUGCAGCCGCCCAUCUCCCUGUGUGAGGCCCCGCCGGGGCCCCUGCAGCUGCCCGGGGGCAACGUGACCAUCACCUACAGCUACGCGGGGGCGCAGGGGGCGCAGGGGGCGGCCCGGAGGUCCGCGGGCCCCGGCUUCCUGCUGUCCUACAGCCAAGAUUGGCUGGUGUGCCUGCGGGAGGAGUUCCAGUGCCUGAACCACCGCUGCGUCCCCGCGGCCCAGCGCUGCGACGGCGCGGACGCGUGCGGCGACGGCUCGGACGAGGCGGGCUGCGGCAGGGGCGGGGGCCCGGGCCCGCCGCCCCCCGGCCCGCCGCCCCCCGCGCCGCCCUGCAACCGCACCCUGGAGGGCUUCUACGGCGUGUUCUGGCCGCCGGGGUUCGCGCGCCCCGCCGCCGCCGCGCGCCCGCAGUCCUCUGUGCUGCUGGACCCGCACGACGGCCGGCGCCUGGCGGUGCGGUUCACGGCGCUGGCUGGCUUCGGGGACGCGGUGCACGUGUACGACGGCGCGGGGCCGCCCGAGGCCCCCCGGCUGCUGCGCAGCCUCACGCACCUGAGCAACGGCCAGGCGGUGACGGUGGAGACGCUGUCGGGCCGCGCCGUCGUGGCCUUCCACGCGGCGGCCCGCGGCGCCGCCGGGCGCGGCUUCAACGCCACCUACCGCGUGCGCGGCUACUGCCUGCCGUGGGACCGGCCCUGCGGGGGCGCGGGGCCCGGCGCGCCCCCCGACGGCGGCGGCGAGCGCUGCUACAGCGAGGCGCAGCGCUGCGACGGCUCCUGGGACUGCGCCGACGGCGCGGACGAGCGCGGCUGCCCCGGCUGCCCGCCCGGGCACUUCCCCUGCGGCGCCCCGGGCCCCGGCGCCGGCGCCGCCUGCUACCCGCCCGCCGACCGCUGCAACUACCAGACGUUCUGCGCCGACGGCGCGGACGAGCGCCGCUGCCGCCACUGCCAGCCCGGCAACUUCCGCUGCCGCGACGAGAAGUGCGUGUACGAGACGUGGGUGUGCGACGGGCAGCCCGACUGCGCCGACGGCAGCGACGAGCGCGACUGCGCCUACGCCCUGCCCCGCAAGGUCAUCACCGCCGUCAUCGGCAGCCUCGUGUGCGGCCUGCUGCUCGUGAUCGCCCUGGGCUGCACCUGCAAGCUCUACGCCCUCCGCACGCGGGAGUACAGCAUCUUCGCGCCUCUCCGGAUGGAGGCCGAGAUCGUGCAGCAGCAGGCGCCCCCGUCCUACGGGCAGCUCAUCGCGCAGGGCGCCAUCCCGCCCGUGGAGGACUUCCCCACCGAGAGCCCCAGCGACAGCUCGGUGCUGGGAAACCUGCGGUCCCUGCUGCAGAUCCUGCGCCAGGACGCGGCUCCGCGAGGGGCCCGGGCGGGCGGCGGCGGCCGCGGGGCGCGGGGCGGCUCGGUGCGCCGCCUGGUGCGGAGGCUGCGCCGCUGGGGCCUGCUUCCCGGGCGCCGCCCGCCGCCCGGGCCCCUGACACCCGGCCCCAGGCCGCGCCCUCCCGCCCCCGUCGAGGUCCAGGACGGCGCCGGCCCGGCCCGGGAGGGCGGCGCCGUGGGCGGGCCGGACGGGGAGCAGGCCCCGCCGCUCCCCACCAAGGCCCCCCUGCCCCCCGCCGGCGCCCCUCCGGCGCCCCCCCCUGCCGGCGCCGAAGCCCGGGGGACGCCGCCCUCCGCGCCCCUGGAGCCGUCACUCCUGUCCGGAGUCGUGCAGGCCCUGCGCGGCCGUCUCUUACCCAGCCUCUGGCCCCCCGGGCCAGCCUGGCCCCCGCCGGGACCGCACCCCGCCGUCCGGCCCCCCGAGGAGGAGGACGACGUGCUGCUGAUGCCCCUGGCCGAGGCCGAGGUGUGGGCGGCUGAGGCUGAGGACGAGCCGCUGCUGGCUUGAGGGCGCCCGACUCCAGACAGGGCCCCAAGUCUGUAAGGCGGCCGGAAAGCUAGGUGUCCCCGCCGGCAGCCCCCCAGCCCUGCCCUCCCGCCCUCCCCCUGUCCCCCCCCCCCGUGUCCCGUCACCGUCCAGGGGCCAGUUUCUAAGAGUAAGGCUUGUAAAGGAUUCUAGGUCUGGACACUUCAUCCCUGCCCAACCCCCCCCCCCCAAAGUGACCUUAAGCACCAGAAGGCUAGUUGUCAAAGAAUACAACAAGGGCUUCCAUCCCGUGGCUUGCUCAUUGCCCAGG